CAGCAGCUUCCACACCUCAACAACCACCGCCUAAGACUCGGCCCACGUAGUGUAUUUCAUAGUUGCUCGAAGAAAGGGACGGACUACGAACGCUCGUGUUUGGUACAUACGUUACAGUCUCCCCGGUUGCCGCCGUCGCCCCGUCCGGAUUCCGCCGCGGUCGCGAUGCUGCCAAGGCCGGGACGCCGUGGUGGGGCUUGGGCCUUGAUGCCCCGCGAUACACCCCACAUUUCCCAGGGAGCUUCAACCAUGAGCUUGAGAUAGAAGAGUGUGAACCUGUUCCGGCAUUGAUGAGCAGAGAUUGUCUGCAAGAGUUGCCGCCGCCAAAUCUGAAUUCAACUGUACACAGACUUCUCAUCAGAAUAAUGUCAACUCCACUUAAAGCGGCGAUUCUGGUCGUGUCCACGACCGCCGCGAAAGACCCCUCGACCGACGCUGCCGAAACUGUGUUGCGGGAAGUAUUUGAGCAGGACGGUGGUGGGCGGUGGGAUGUCGCCGAGGUCAAGUUUGUGGCCGACGUUACCACCGAGAUUCAGCGGCAAAUCAUGCUCUGGACCGACGCCGCGGAUCCCGUCAACCUCGUGAUCACCACGGGUGGCACGGGCUUCGCCGUUGCAGACCACACGCCGGAAGCCGUCUCAGCCGUCUUGCACAAGCAGGCGCCGGGAUUGGUGCAUGCCAUGCUAGCCAGCUCACUGUCCGUCACUCCCUUCGCCAUGAUGUCGCGUCCCGUCGCCGGCGUCCGGAACCAGACCGUCAUCGUCACGCUGCCAGGAUCGCCCAAAGGCGCAAGGGAGAACCUGCAGGCUGUGAUCAAGACGCUGCCCCAUGCCUGCCUCCAAGCUGCAGGUGCAGACUCACGCGCCCUACACGCCGGCGGUGUGAAGAAGCUGGAGCAAGAAGCCGGCGUGAGCGCCGGCGACACUCAACCCCACACACAUCACCACCAGCACCAUCACCACCACCAUCAUCAUUCCCACGGCCACGGUCACAGCCACGGCCACGGCACCCCUGUCCGCCACUCCAACCCAUCCAGCAACCCCAAAUCCAACGAUCCCUCCCUCGGCCCCACCCGCCGCCACCGCGAGUCGCCCUAUCCCAUGGUGCCCGUCUCCGAGGCGCUCUCGCUGAUAGCGCAACACACCCCUCCGCCCGUCCCAACCACCGCCAAAGUCUCGCCCGACCUCACCGGCGCCGUCCUGGCAGAGGACGUCCGCGCGCCCGAGGACGUGCCCGCCUUCCGCGCCAGCAUCGUCGACGGCUACGCCGUCGUGGUGCCCCCCGGCGGCGACAUGCGCGGGGUGUACCCCGUCGUGGGCGUCUCGCACGCCGCUGCCGCAGAGGAAGAUACGAGCAGAAAGGCUCUCACGGAGGGCAAGAUCGCGCGCAUCACGACCGGCGCGCCGCUGCCGCCCGGCGCCACGGCCGUCGUCAUGGUCGAGGACACCGUGCUGGUCUCGACGCGCGCGGCGGGGGACGGGCGCGAGAGGGAGGAGGAGGAGGCAGAGGUCGAGCUGCUUGCCCAGGGCGUCGCGGAGGGGGACAACGUGCGCGAAGUGGGGAGCGACGUGGCGAAGGGCGCGCUCAUCUUGGAGAAGGGCGUGCAGGUGUCGGCGGUGGGCGGGGAGGUAGGCCUGUUGGCUUCUGUCGGGGUGCGCGAGGUGCUGAUGUACCGCCGGCCGGUGGUCGGGGUGCUGUCGACGGGGGAUGAGAUUGUGGAUCACGAGCGGGAGGGGGGGUUGCGGCUGGGGGAGGUGCGGGAUACGAACCGGCCGACGCUGAUUGCGGCCGCGAGGAGCUGGGGGUACGAGGUGGUGGACCUGGGGAUCGCGAGCGACAAGCCCGGGUCGCUGGAGGAGAUCCUGCGCGAUGCGCUGCGCCGUGUGGACCUCGUCGUCACCACGGGCGGCGUGUCAAUGGGCGAGCUUGACUUGUUGAAGCCGACGAUUGAGCGGUCACUUGGCGGGACGAUCCAUUUCGGCCGCGUGGCGAUGAAACCUGGCAAGCCCACGACGUUCGCGACAGUGCCCGUGAAGAAUAACGCCGGCGAGAGGGUCACCAAGGUGAUCUUCUCACUGCCGGGCAACCCGGCUUCGGCGCUGGUGACGUUCCACCUGUUUGUGCUCCCGUCGCUGCACCAGCUGUCUGGCGUCUCCCCGCCAGGAUUGCCGCGCGUGCCCGUGUGUCUGUCCCACGACUUCCCGGUGGACAAGUCCCGGACCGAGUACCACCGGGCCAUCGUGUUUGUUGGUCGCGACGGCGUGCUGUCCGCCACCAGCACGGGAGGCCAAAGAAGCUCCCGAGUGGGCAGCCUGAAGGGGGCAAACGCAUUGCUUUGCAUACCCAGCGGGCCAGAGCCGCUGCGGAAAGGCGCGAAGGUGGAGGCGUUGCUGAUGGGAAGCAUACGAAGCGACUUGUAAUCACGAAGAGCCAUGCCCUCAAAUAAACUAACCAAAAAUAUAUGACCUGACGAACCUGUUCUGUACAGUUAAGCUUCUAGCACAUGAGAUAUGAUGCUGACCAUGCCCAUUGACCGCCCCUUGCCCUCUGCCAAAACGCCGGUAAUAAAGAAGCUACACAGACCCGCUUGCCGCGGGAGCCUUACGGUUGGAUGCUGCGAGAUGCG